GUGUACCUCAGUGCUGACAUCUGCCCUACACCGACGCCACGCGCUAGCUUCACCUCCCCUCCCCACACACACACCUGCCACAAUACCACAAAGUCAUCUUUAGCGACAUGUGUGUGAGCGGUGUGCAGGGUAGAGGCAGCGCGGACGCUGUGCCCCGGAGUAGUAGCGGCUCUACAUAGAGUGCAGGUACACGGCACAAGUGAUAGCGACGAGGAGGCUGUGUGGAACACGAGCACACUUGAGUGUGUCUGUGUGUGGGAGUGCGUGGAGAUGUGCGGCGGGGCAGGGUAAGGGUGUGUUGAAGUGUGUGAGUGCGAGCGACGAGGAACCAUCAGCUGAGGAUGUUCAGAGUGGCACUUGAUCUAUUCUCCUCGUCGUCCUCGGUGUUUUACCGCGCCUGUCCUCGCUCCUCACAGAGUGUGGGACUAAGGUGGUGGUCGGGGGCACGGAAGCGGUGUACUGGGCAGUGCAGCUCGACGCCGACCUCCUGGAGACCAUCGCCGCCAUCUAUCCUCACUGGUUUAAGCCAAUGUCUGUAUACCAUACAGUAAUGAAGUUCAAGUUGGAUUGCAAUUUGAACGACCUAAGCAAGAUGGCAGACAGUAGUAAUGGGGAGGGGUCUCGGGCUCCCUUCAUUCCUCUGUCUCCACCCAAGUGUGAGGUAGAUGACUCCCCACUUCAGGGCAAGACUCUCAACAAAAACAAAGAGUCUCUGAAAGUGAAGCUAAUGUUACGGCGACCAAGGGAAGACCUUGUGAACCGUGGAGUCAUCCCUCCAAUGAACACCCCGACUGCAUUCUAUGAGCAGCGACAAAAAUUGGAUAUGGCCAAAAAACAUGACAUCCUCAAACAGAAAAUGCAGCGGCGACCUGACCGAGAGGAACUGGUUCGACAACACAUCCUGGAGGAUGCACCUGGAAAUAUUGAUCCUUCAUUGGUGGAAAAGCAGAAACAGUUGAAACGAGCCAGGAUAGCUGAUGCCAUUAGUGACCACCUGUGCCAACGACCAGGCCCCCUUGAACUUGUUAGAGCCAAUAUUCUUCACACUACAGAAGAUCUCGAGAAAGCUGUUAAGGAGGGGCAGUUGAUGUUCAAGAGUACUAGCGAAGGAGAACCCCGAAAACAUCCAAGUUUAUAUGUACAAUAUGAAGAUGAAUCAAGUAGUGAGGGUGCAAUGUCCCCAGACCAAAGUGAGGCUAGCAAUGCUGCUGGUGUACGAGAGCUUCUCUCAGCAAGCCCAAUCCUUUUGGAAGCCACCACUAUUACUACAGUUACAGCUCCAGCAGCAGUAAUAGCCCCACCACCACCACCACCACCACCAAUUGCACCUGCAGUAUCUGCACCCAUCAGUUGCGUGCCCGAUGUUGCAGCUGCAUCUCCAUCAUUGACCUCUACCACCUCAUCAUUAUCCCCAUCAUCAUCUUUGGCAUCUCCCCAACAUCCACUCUUACCGUCCCCGCAAGCCCCUGCUUUAACUCAAACUCUGUUUGUGACUCGGACACCCCUUCCACAUGCCCUCACUACACCACCUCUACAAAAUUCUGCUCCAGGAAAAGACCAAUCAAAGAGCAGGAAAAAAUCAAAGGGAAAGAGUCAACCUAAAACAAGAACAAUCAAGUUUCAUGAAUACAAGGGUCCUCCAAGUGCUGUGAAGCGUGAAUCUAACACAAGCCACUCAGAGACAUCAUAUGAUAUACUGCUCCAGCAACAGCAGCUUUUCCUCCAGUGUCAACUUGAGCUCAAGCAAAAGUAUCCCCAGAUUAUUUUACCAGCGGCACUAAAACCUCCAAACAACGACAACUCGAGUAGCAAUAGUUUACCAAGUGUCAUCAAAGUAGCAUCAACACCACCCUCUCUCCCAUCCUCGACUGUGGCCAGCGGGCUGACCUUAUCACAAGUCCUCCACACACCAACCCACACUCCUACAUCCACCCCAACGCCCUCAUCAACUCCUCCAGCACCACCACCACCUCCUACGCCUCCAGAAGCAAAUAUCAGAAUUCAUUCCAAGUUGGAAGACAUGAAAGUGUCAGAUCUGAAGGCGGAGCUGAAGAAACGAAACUUACCAGUGUCCGGUUCCAAACCACAGUUGAUAGAAAGAUUAAAGAGCCAUGCUGCCCAGAAUUCUGCUGCUAUAUUGACAAGUUUGAAUUGUAAUAACAGCAUCAGUAAUAAUAGUAAUGUGCUUAAUUGUAAUAAUGUCUCUGUUACAAUGAGACUCGGCAGCAUAGAGAGAGAAACAGUUAAUACACCUGCACCUUUGGAUAAUGAAGAAAAAACUUGUGCGACCCAAACAGAAUCCACUGGCCCUAGCACUCUGUGUCUGGCUCACCUGCAGGAGCCUUCACCAACACCCACACCAACCAACUCUACAUUCAACUAUACAGAUGACUCUUCAGUUCAAGGGUUAUUGGAAGCAUCAAUGGAUUUUGGAGAUGACAGUGCAUCAUCACCUGCAUACUCUCACAUCUCGGCUUCAUCCACACGUCCCCCAAGUGUGGCCCCAAUGGACGUAGAUUUCGACUCUGCAAUGGACACCAAUGACUUCAAUCCUCUGACUCCAAGUGGUACCCUAACUCCUCUUAGUCUCCACAUCAGUGAUGGAGGCUCAAUAAACACUCCACCUCCUCCUCCUCCGCCACCGCCACCACCACCUCCACCACCACCCACACAGAAUGUCUCUGUUAACUCUAAUAUUCCUGUAGGCAAUAUACUGGUAUCGGCUAAUGGCCAGACACCCUGUCAAUUAGUAAUGAUGCGUCAUUCAACCUCACGAACCUCCAACAACUCAAUUGUGUCUAAUGAAACAAUGGUGCAACUACAAAGAAGAAUAGAGGACCUUCAGAGGGAGCUUCACCAUACACAAAUGCAGCUACAGUUACAACAACAACAAAACAUCAUCAAAGCCCAGGAGCAGCAACGUAAAAAUAUGUCUGAUAACAAGCUAAACCAAAAACUUAUACUACAGCAACACAUUCAUAACAAAAAACAGCAGCAACAACAACAACAGUUACAAAGUCACAUCCAGCAGCUCCAUCAUUUGCAAACACUACAACAACAACAGCAACAAUUGUUACAACAGCAAGUGGUACAACAUGAACCUUUAAAAAGCAAAAUUCAUGAGAAUGGCAUUCAGCAAUGUGGAGUUUUGCAGCAGCAGAAACAUCAGCAGCACCAUUUAGAACAACAAUCAGAAGAACAGUCAGAUCAGCAGCACCAGCAGCAGCACCACCACCACCAACAGCAGCAGCACCAACAGCAACAGCACCAACAGCAGCAGCACCAACAGCAGCAGCACCAGCAGCAGCAGCACAGUAUUGGGGAAGUGAGAGUAAAAUUGGAAAAUGGGUGGGAGCAGCUGCUCAAUUCCCCCAACCCUCACUCACAUCAACAACCAAAGAGCCAGCGUUCAGGUUCUAUAUCCACACAAAAUGGCCUCUCCAUUAAUGCUCAUCAAAGAACUGCCUCGUUGCCAAAUUUCUCCGGGCUCAUUGUUACCAGCACAUAUGAUAACGCCAACAACAAUAAUAACAAUAAUAAUAAUAAUAAUAACAAUAUCAAUAGAUCAACAAUAGAGCCCCAGUUUGUUAUCAAGCCGCCACCCAACUAUGAUGAAGCUACAAAACAGCUCAAGGAAACAAUGAUCUCAGCUAAAUCUUCCCCACCAAAUACAAAUAGAAAGUUAUCUGUCAAGAGUCAGGCAGUAGAUGAUGUUUUAGAAAUAUUAAUUAAAAAUGGAGAGCUACCUCCUAGUGCUGCCCAGGAUCCUCACACACCAACUCAAAUAAGGUGUAAUCGAAGUGGACCAAUCUUCACUACCACAUCAGUUACCUCUUCUGUCAUCUACACCACCACAUCAGCAAGCUCUCCUAUUUUUACCACCACUUCUGGUGCACUGCCAAUUAUUUUUACCACCUCUGCUACUUCAUUACCUGCAGUAUACACAACUACAAAUGUUGUACCAACUGCAGUUGAGGCUGCAGUCCCUCCACCGCCACCGCCACCUCCACCCCCACCACACCAUUCUAGUCAACGCACCACUUCUGCUACGUCAACAACUCAAGGACCUGCAGUGUUAAGUGUUGCCAACUCCUGCCCCUCUCCAAUAGUCACUAGUGGCUUAAAUUCUCAUUCACUUUUUGCUGACCUUGUGAUGGAGGGCUCAAAUCAACAUGGUCUGGAUCUUCCUUUAGACUUGGAGUUACCUGUGUUGGAAGGCAUGGAACUGGGUGCCUUGGAGCACACACUAGACCACAGCAAUAUGACCCCUGAUCUUCUUAUCUCAAAUAGACCUGAAGAGUCAUUUGUCAGUAUAGGUCCACCAAUGGAUGUUAAGAUGGAAGUGAAUGAUGAUGUUGAUGUUGCAUCAUGGCUAGACUCUUUAGUUCCUCCAACUCACGGCCCAACACUUUCUUCGAGUACUACAAACUUCAUCACGCCUUGGCCUCCAUCCCACCUGAUAUCAGUUUCUGGUAAUAACAGUGAUAGUGGUAUGAGCAAUAAUUAUAAUAGUGGCAGCAGCAGCUGCAGUAACAGAGGUAACCAUAGUAGCUGCAGUACCAGCAGUGGAAGCAGUAGUGGUGGCAGAAGUGGUAUAAGUGUUCACCAAAGUGAUCCUCUGCUCUCUAAUAAUCAGGACCAACUGGACCUCUUUAACUUGGAGGAAAUGGACCUCAAGGCCCACGAUGUAACGUCAGGCCUAUCAUGGGACCGCAUUGAUUUUACUGCAUGAGAGUGUAGUGUACCGGUCGUGUAGCCAGUCACCGUGUUACUGUCUGGUCAAUGUAUGUCCUACCGUGGGACCAUUGACUGACAAGACUUAAGUCAAGGGACCAUUAACCACAGUAGAUUUCAACCUUGACUGAUCAGAGUAUUUAAUAGUUGAAGUGCUACUGCAUCAUGAGUGACUGGCAGUACCCUACCUUGGCUACUGACACAUACGUUAAUGUCUGUGAUGACAAAUGAGUGCCUUACAAGUACUCUAACAAAGGACCAUUGAAUAUUUAGUUGAUAUUUAGGUUGUGUUCAGCCAACUCCACACAAUUCCCUGUUAUUCCAUUUUGACUACCUGUCAUGUAGAUCAUGCUCACAAUCAUUAUUAGAAGUCUUAAAAACUCAAUAAAUAUGAAAUCUUUCUUGAAAAUUUUCAGUAUCAAGUGGUAUAUAUAUGAUAUGUAUUUGUAAAUAUUUCCUUAUUGUAAAAUGGUGCUGUUUUGAAUAUUUCAAGUUGUUUGAGUUUUCUCCGAGAUAUAUUGCACUCAUCAGCUAAUUCUGAAAUUAGGUCAGGUCUAUCAGUAUGUAAUAAAUGUAUUAUAAGUUUUGGGAACAAAUCAACCCCUUCCAUAAAUUUUGCUGUGUGCUUGCCUUACAGUUGUGGAUAUUUGAAACUAUGACUAUUAUAUCUGGUUGAAUUAAUAGCUCUGUACAUAUUUUAUGACUAGAAUAUGUGACUGAAUGCAGACUCAGUCAUCUCUGCUGUGAUUAUUAGCUAUGUUUGGAGCAGCCAAUUAAGAUAACCCACUGAAGGCAGGCACACAGUGUAACCAUUCCAUGAUGACCCCCAGCCCAUGGCUGUGUCCUUGGCUCUCAGAGACCCCAGCUAGGAGCUGUGACCCUCGCUCACGGUGUGCAAGUCAUUGCCUAACCUCGGCAAGUGGCAACCCUUGCCAGCUGUUGUGUGGCCCAGGCUCGUAGUGUUAUAACCUAUUAAUUGGUAACCUGACUAGAGGAGUCGACUGCUAUUUCUUGUAAUUUGGGUUGAAGGGGUCAAAAGCCAGAGCUAAUGACCUGAUUAAUUGUCCAAAACAAAGUUUUGCAAUGUUGGUUAUAGAUCUUGUAUGUCUGUUCUUGUGACUUUAGUCUCAUGGUCUAAAGCCUGUGCUUGCAAUACUUGACAAGUAUGUAGUUUUGUCAGAAGCCUCGCCCCAAAUAUUCAAGACCAGUAGUUGACACCAUGACAUAAGAUGUCCAAAGUCAGUAUAUGUGAUUCCAUAUUAGGGUAUUUAAAGCUAUUGCCAGAUGAUAGAUAUGACCAGUAGCUUCAGUAACAAAUCUGAUUAGUGAUUUUUUAGAGCAAAAUAUAUUGCUUAGAUAUCACACUGAAAUGUGUCACAUCUGAAGUUCAUGGAAUAUGUAGUCCAAUUUUGACAUCAAACAGUAGCUACACUCAAGAUUUCCAUCCUAACUCAUACUGGUAGCAUUAGCUAAUGAUUCCCCCAGAUAAUGGUCUCCCAUGUCUGCUUUGUUAGUCCCUAGUACAAGGUAGCCUACACUCAAAUCUGUAAUACAAGUUCAACAACAAUCCAGACAGAUGGUGUCCUUAAGUCUAUCUGUGAUUUUGGACACUUAUCAUCAAAGCUUAUGUAGUUAUUUGGCCAGUUGUGUCCCAGAGCUAUAUAUAUUUGUUCAAGGUGACCCUGUGCCUCUUGUAACAUACCAUGUUGAGUACUGGCAUCACAACAAUGUAUGGUUCGUACAAGUACCUAUUUCUGCUCUUGUUUAAACCGAUGACUGUAUGUAAGUGGGCUUGAGUAGCCAUGAAACACACUCGACCUGCAUCCCUUGUCACGUUGAUGUGUGUGGCCUCUUGGGUGCCUGGGUUAUUUAACCCAAUGUAUUCAUUUGGCUAUGUAGGUGUCCAGUUCCUGCCUCCCUCAGCCCUGGCACACCUCAAAAAUGUAGACAUGGCCUCCUUUUUCACAAGGAAUCUGAAGAAUGUUCUUUCCCCUCACUACACAUUGUAUUGUUUUCAAUAACUAUUGCCAAAAAAAUUUGUAAGCUUAUCUGGUUCAAUGUGCCAAGUUGCUCAGACAGUUAACCAACAGAUUUUGGAAUUGUCCACAUCCAUAAAUUCUGGUUAACAGAGCCUGCACAAGAAACACUGUUGAUCUGCACAACGAGGUGGACAUACUAGCUAUUCCUAAAUUCUGUUAGUGGCCAAGACCAAGUGGUGUGCCUCAGGUUUAUAUUCCCAACAUUUCUAGAUUCCAUCUUUAACAGAUAUUGUCUCGUUCCUUCUGUGUACUAAUAAGGAUAAAUUAUUGUAGGCGAGUCCUGUCCCUAGGUAGCUCUUGUACAGAUUCCUUUGUUGCAAAUUUUUGGGCAUUCUUCAAUUGCAUUAAAUUCAGCCUCAUCUUGCUUGCCGUGUCAGGAAAUUGAACAUAAAAUGCUUAGCACGAAUUUUAUACAACAAAAUUUGUAAGCUUCAGAGCGAUUUCUGGGUUUAAUGUGGAUGACAAAUUGGAGUACCAAUUGAACUGUUUGCCUCUGCUCAAUGUUCAACACUUAAAGCUCUGUCAGGGCCUAGUUAUUGUGCCAAACCAGUAGCAAUUACCACAGUUAGCAACAUUCCACUAUUGCACUGGGAAUGAUGGCUGCAGCAUUGAUUGAAUAAUAAUUAGUAGUUACAGAGAAAGUUAAUUUUUUUUUAAUAAUUGAGACAUUACCAGUAAUGGUCUAAGUAUCAUGAACUAUCUACAUACUUUACUUAAGUAUAUAAACCAUUGUAUGUGAUACCUGAUUGUGGUGUAAGUGCAUUUUAUGUUUUUGUUUUGGUUCUUAUAAUUCAUUUAUCAUCUUUGUUUUUAUUUGGGCAUAGAGAUUAUCCAAAUUUACUGGGUUUUGCAUUCAUUAAUUUAACCAAUGAAGUGUUUAAUGUGUCAUUUAUGAUGGAAAGAGAAACAUAAACAAUUUAUGUUGAUAUUCAUCACCUGGUGAGGCAUAUUUCGAAUAUGACUUGGGAAUUGAUCUGUUACCUCAUUGUUUGACUUCGGUUACCCAUACAGUAAAGUGAUGUGUUACUAUAUGCAAAGUAAAAAGAUUCAUCUGGCUACUGGCUGUUCUUAUCUUUUGCUUUGGUCACGUGCCAGCACAACUUGUUGGCCUUCAUAUUUUUAGUUUUGCAUAUUCUAUUUUUGUCAUAUUUGGACCAUUCAUUGUUUCAAUUCAUUUAUAUUGCAAUCCUUGUUACUUGUGCCUUGAUCCUUAUUACAGUACAUGUGCAUCUUCAAUCUGAAUAUAUCCAUUCUUCUGUGUUUUUAUCAUUUGUAUAUUUUUACUGAAUCAACUCCUUUCAUUCAGAUUUUAUUAUUGCUGACAUGUGGCCACUGCACUUUCACAAUUGAAGAAAAAUGGAGAUACUAUAGUGAUAUGUCAUGUUAUGUUUAAGUCUCCAGCAUUGCAGGUACAGAUGUAAUCAUGGAUGGAUUCAGCUAGCAACUGUCCAACUUCAUUGUUCCAAAAGGUGUACAUUAUAAUAACAGUGAGGAAUUUAAGUUAGAAGUCAAUAAGGUGAGGAUAUGGACAUAACUUGCAUAGUACAUGCGAUUAUACAGAGUACGAUUAAUUUGUUAAGAGUAGAUUUUCAUUAGGCGAGUUGCAAAAAAACAAUUAAAAGUACAAUUUUGUACUUUUGGUGAAUCAAUUUUUGGUGAAUCAAUCAAUCAAUUUGGUGAAUCAAAUGUUAGCAAUGCUCCAUGUGUAAAGGGAAGGCAGGUCAUUGAUAAGAAAUCAGGUUUUCUUUCUUUAUUUAGCGAGUUGGCUUUGUGAUCAGUUCACUAAAAGACCUGUAUGAAAGUGCAUUUUUAAGGCACUACAAUUUUUAACAGUUGCAAUACUUCAUUGAUCAUGUUACUUAAACGAUUAAGGAGAAAAUUUCCAAACUUCAUAAUUUAUAUGACUCUACUUGAGACUGUGAUCAUGCUGCAGCCUUUGUGUUGGUGAACAGUGUCAAAUUGGCACUCAGUUUUUGUCAUAUUAAAAGCUUUGCCUUGUAUAUCGGUACAUUACAAAAUUCUAUGGAUCGUAUUUGUCAGGUGGACUAAAUAAAUAAAUGGCACUUGG